AUGCUUUUGUUCUUCCUGCAACAGCAUAUUUUGUCAGAGAUUAAAUUGGUUAAACCAAAUCCCUCUUAUAAUUUUUCAAGUUGGACACAGGUAUGGGGUUAUUACGACAUUGAACACACACUUAAUAAUCAAAAAACUCCAAUUACAUACGGUAACAGUGGUGUAUUUGUUAAAUUUGUUGUUGGCGACCAAAUCUGUGUUCCUUCAAACAUGACAACUACUUUAUGCAAUGGUUUAAUUUUAGAACUUGGAACUCAAAAGGUUACAGAUGAUGAUGCUUAUAUAUUAUACAAAAUAACCAAUCCUGGUGAAGAAGAAAAGACAUUUUCACUUGGAGUUUAUGCAGAUUUUACUUUUAAUACAGGAAAUGGCAAUUCAAACAUUUUCCAACCACUAGAAGGUCAGGAUAUAUACACAAUCUCAGCUUCUAAAUCAGAAAAGCCACGGCAAAAGAUGGCAAUUGACCACACAAAUAAAGAAACAAAUUACAUUAAACCAGAUAAUUAUUGGUACGGAGUUCUUGAUAGUAAUGAUGAUGACAAAAGAUAUUUCAUGAAAUUUGAAGGUGAUAAGUCUGUAGUUGGACCAGGUGCAACACCGGAUGAUGACCCAGUCUCAUCAUAUUCAUGGGAAAACAAAAUAGCUCCAAAGGGUAGAACCGUUGUUUGUGCAAUUCGUAUCUAUUUCAUCAUGAGAUACCCAUUAGAAGUUUUCACAGACGGUACAGUUUUCGCAGGAGACUUGACUGGAGAAAUUCAAGUUCCAACAUGGAUGAGAAUUGCUGAAAAAUAUCAACCAUACGACGCAUAUUUCAAAGAAGGUAAUGGAGAAUGGACCAAAAAAUUAUCUUUUAAUGGAAAUAUGCCGUUCGAUAGAUAUACAUAUAAACUAAAUCCUUCAGGAACAUCAACAGAAUACACUUAUAAACUUGAAUACACCAAGAAUGGCCAAAAAUUUUCAUCCAAUGAAGUUAAAUUUAAAGUAACACGCUCAACACAGCCUGAACUUGAAGUUACCACUGCGAUCAAGUCCCAACCUUACAACCAACAUGAUUCACUGGAUAUUAGAGCAACAGUUAUGUCGGACACUCCCGGUGACAUUUCUAUCGAAAUAUACAAGGAUGAUUUUAUUGCCACAGAUCCAAUUAAAGAACCCUAUGUUUUAGGAGUUGGAACAGGUGUGAGAGAUGCAACCUACAGCAAAGUUUUACAAUUGGGAACAUUAAGAUCUGGCACAUAUAAAUUAGCUAUCAGAGCUAUCAAUAAUCUUGGAAGAUCUUCAGAAUGGUACAAUCGUACAUUUACAAUGGAAUUCCAAACUGAAGUUUUUGAUAUUCACUUUGAAAAGAAAGCUUAUCAGGCAAAUGAUAUCAUCCGAUUACUUGGUCAAUUCCUUGAAACAGAUAACAAUGAACAGAUUAGAUUCGCUCUCGUCAUGCCUGACGGAUCCACUGCCAGAUCAGAGCUCUACACACCAACAGGCGCUCGACAAGAUUUUGUCGUCACAACGACUGUUAGUGAUGAGACAGAAAGACUCAUUGAUUGCACAUUCCAAGUCUUGACCUCAAAUAAUGUUGUUGUUAAAUCACAACAAAUUCAAUUGCGCAUUACAAAAGCUCCUAUUUUCACUCUUAGCCCAGAUUUCUUUGGAAAGGAGUUCAAUAACUCACAGAUUUUAUCAUACAAAGUUACAGCUGCUUCAGAUGAAGACACAACAAGUCUUAAAUGCUUAUAUAAGAUCGAUAAGAAUGAAUACAAAGAAAUUUCAUGGGCAGACUAUAGAAUAAAUAUUCCAUUGACGGGACUAAAUUGGUCAGCCGGUUUCGAUCAUCAUCUUUCAAUCGUUGCCAUGGACCAAUAUGAAUCAACAUCGAAAGAGACAACCUUAGACUUCAGAAUCUUAAAUGAACCGAAGUUAGUGAGCGUUCAAUUUACUGGUACUAAUAUUCAUGAUCCAUUUUCAACAGGAGAAUUCGUUGCAAGAUAUGAUGAUAUUGAUAAGGGUAAGCAACUUUAUCUUUAUGCUAAGAUUGGAUCAGAUAUUCAGAAGUUUGAUUUCAUAUCAGUUCCAGAACAAAAUACACAACAAAUCACAAGAAGUUUAAGAUAUCCUAAACCAGGCAAACAAAAUGUUGUAUUCUUUAUCUCCAGCUUGUCAGAAUCCGUCUAUCCAAAGACGGCACACUCAAAUUCAAAUGAAGUUUCAGCGGAAAUUAUUAGUACAUAUCGCCCAGAAGUCACAUCAUUGACAGUUACUAGAAGCAGUUAUUACACUUCUUCCGAUAGAAUUCCAUUCACACUCAAGAUCAAGGAUGAUCUCUCAGGAACAAUUAAAUACAAGAUUGAUGAUGUAGAUGUUACAAAUCUACAGAACACCUUAACAACAUAUCAAACACCAGACGGCGAGUCAUAUGCGACAGUAUCAACAUCUAUUGUAAUUCCUUCAACAUGCACUUAUUCUAACAACAAAGCACACACACUCACUGCAAAAGUUGUCGACAACUACGACUUGGAAUCAUCUAAUUCUAAAUCAUACACAUUUUACAUCAGAAAUGUUCCAACAAUCUCAGUUGAUGAACUUACGAAGACGUUAGCCAUCUCUAAUACACCAAAAGAGAGCGACAGAACAAUUCUAAUCUCAGGCACCUUCCGUGAUGUUGAUAACAAACCACUUAAAGUCUUCGUUCAAGAAGAAGGCGGUUCUCCAUAUGAAUGCAAGUCCGGCUCAUCAAAUAAUGCUGAUGUUGGCUUCUCAUGCAACUAUAUUGUUCAGGCCGAAUCCAAGGCUGAUUUCCCAAUUUCUAUUUGGGUCGAAUCAGUUGAAUCUAAGAAUGACGAACAAGGAAAAGUCAAAUCAGAAGUUGUUGUCAAGAAGAUCACUGUCACCGAUCCACCUGCUAUCAGUUCAAACUGUGUUUCUGGUUCAUUUGGAUAUGAAGAUCCAAUCACAAUCAAAUUCUCAGUUACCGAUGAUUCCAAGGGCAAUAUCAAGUUCUACUUGAAUAAAACAUAUUUGAGCAAUCAAGACUACAGAUACGAGAACUUUGUUGGUGGAGAGUCAUCUGCAACAGUCAAAAUCCCACAAGACUUACCAAGAGGUAUGUACUAUCUUAACUAUUAUCCAGUUGAUGACUAUGGUGUUGAAGCACUUGACAAAUCUCGCUACAGGUGCCUUAUCGAAUACAAGAACAAACCAAAGAUCGGUGAAGUUAAAUUGAGCAAGACAUCAGGCGAUGAUGACGAUGAAGUUUCAGCCACAAUCAAAUACACCGAUUAUGAUAAUGAAAAGAAAUUAUAUAUCUACCAGAAAGUUGGUGAUCAUUCAUAUCAGGUCACUGGCGAAACUCAAUCUAACGGUGGAUCGAAUGAAGUCAAUGUUCCAGUUCAAGGAUUACCAGGAAAUCCAUCUGGACAAGUCAACAUCUAUUUCAUUCUUGCAGACACAAACAAUGCUGAUCUUAUAACAUUACAAGGCAAUCAGAAAUCCAACGAAGCUAGUGCACCAUUCACUCUUAAUAACAUCCCAACACUCGAAGUCACUUAUGAUCAAGUUAAAUCAGGCGGAGAGACCUUCAAGAUCAACUUAAAGGUAACAACUGAGAAGUCAUACACAAUUUAUAGAAGACAGAAUAAUGUCGAAACUUACGUUGCAGAAUACACCGGCAAUGCAGAAUAUACUGAUUCAGUUCGAGCAGAUGAAUCAGUUGAUUCAAUGACAGUAUACUAUUAUCUCAAAGAUAAUAGUGGAAAUACAAUAUCACAAAGAAUCCAAAUCGUUUUGACAGUUAGAAAUCCACCAAUAAUAUCAUCCUUCUCUUCAUCCGUUCAAACUGCCAAACCAGGAGGUAAAUUAAGUUUGACAUAUGGAUUUGAUAACAGGCAAAAUACAAAAAUCUUUGCAUUUUACAAGAUAAAUAACGCUGAACCACAAAGUGUUAUGUUCUGGACAAGUCAAUACCCAACAUCGUUCUCAACAGAAAUUCAGCUUCCAUUUAUUAAGAGUGAAACAUCUGUAACAAUUACAGGUUGGUUACAGAACACUGACACUCCACAAGGAGAAAAUCCAGAACCAUAUACUAAAUCAGGAACAAUUCCAAUUAAUAUUUUCUUGACAUAUCCACCAAAUGUAACACUCAUAUUCCCAUCUUCUAACGUUUUUGGUAAUGAUGACAAGAUUAAAAUUAGUUAUGACAUCGUUGAUGAGACAACAGGCACAAUUAAGGCAUACAUCAAUGGAAUUUCAGCAGCAUUCAAAGAUUACACAAGUAAUGGAAAUCAUGAUGUCAAUUCACUUUCCUUCAAGCUUCCAGAAGAAAUCACUUAUGCUACAAUUGAUCCAAAGAUUAUUGUUAAAGUAACAGAUUCACAUCAGGAAACAACAGAUUACACACCAUUCCCAAUCGUUGUUGUCAACAAGCCAAAGAUCACUGGUGUUACAUUCUCACAAGAAUCAGGUGUUUCUGACGGAAAAAUUGAAGCUACAGUCGAAUUCGAUGAUUUCGAUGUUGACAAGAGAUUAUACGUCUUCGUAAAACAUGAUGAUGAACUUCUUUAUCCGGAAAAUAACAAAAUUGAAAGUUCAACAGGAACAUCAGGCCAACGCAAGACAAUCACAUUAUUUAUUCCUGAUACAGAUAGCAGUUCGAUUGAAUUUAAAUUCUUCAUGACAACAGAUCAAAGCCCAUCAGCAAAUGAGAAAGAAGACAAUUACAAGUCAAAGGAUUAUUCAAAGACUUUACCAAUAACAUUCGAGCCAGCCAUUCAUAUUUUCAUGAAUGAACUUAAAGAAUUCUAUCAGAAGGGAUCAUCAAUUCUCAUAAAAGGUAUUGUUUAUGCAGACCAAGAAGCAAUAAUUAAGUUCUAUUCUGACUCCCAAUGCACGAAACAAAUUGGAGAUCAAUUUAAUUAUUAUAGCGUUACAUCAAGUGGCAAAGAGUUUGAAGCUUCAGUCCAAAUACAACCAACAAUGUUAUAUGGAUACAAUACAAUUUAUUGCAAAGCAUUUUCAAGAUACAACCAAGAGUCAUCAUAUCCGAUAGAUAUUAACUUCUUCAUUAAGAACAAACCUAUUGUUUCUAAUCCAAAAGUUAACAAGGCUUUCUAUAAAGUCGGUGAAGAUAUCACAGGCACAUUCUAUCUUACAGAUUUGGAUGCAGGUAAACCAAUCUUUUUCUUUGGUCGCCUUGGAAGAUGGUCGUGA